AUGCUGUGCCACUGAAAACCGAAUGGAUGGACUAUAUAGCCGUACCUCAUUAGGCAAUUCCUUCACAAAAUUUACACUCUAUUCUCUCUCCUCUUCCCCUCUUCUUCCGCCAUUUCUGCCCAAAAACGGAAAACUCAAAUUCUCAUCAAUGAAGAAGGUCGUUCUGAAACUGGAUUUACCGGACGAUAAAGCCAAGAAAAAGGCCUUGAAAUUGGUCUCCACACUCUCAGGAAUCGAUUCUAUUGCGAUGGAUAUGAAAGAAAAGAAGCUUACAGUGAUCGGAGCGGUGGAUCCGGUGACGAUCGUGAGCAAACUGAGGAAGUUUUGGCCGGCGGACUUAAUCUCCGUAGGACCGGCGGUGGAGCCGAAGAAGGACGAGCCGAAAAAGGAAGAAGGAAAGAAGGAAGAGGGGAAGAAGGAAGAAGAGAAGAAAGGAGAAGCGAAGAAGGAAGAAGAGAAGAAAGAAGGAGAAGAGAAGAAAGAAGGAGAAGAAAAGAAGAAUCCGAAUCCAAACGACGCCGUUUUGGAACUGGUGAGAGCUUACAGAGCUUACAAUCCUUAUCUUACAACUCAUUAUUACGCGCAGAGCAUAGAGGAGAAUCCGAAUGCCUGCGCCAUCUGCUAAUUAAACCAGACCAUGUCCAAGCUUGGGGGACUGUAAAAAUGGCGGCUACCGCUUAAAGUAAGUGUAUAAAAGGAAGAACAGAUGUAUAUUAGGUAGUGGAUCAGUUUUUUCUUUUCCUUCUUUUCUGUUCUUGAUGUGUUCUUCGUUUAAGUGAUUGAUUAUCUGUUUCGUGUUAAUUUGUGUUGAAAAAUGAAAAGGGACUGAUUAAAUUUUGAUUGGAU